AUGCCUCCCAAACGCAAACCUUCCUCUUCCACCCCCCCUAUCAGUCCCCCCUGCACACACACCCACCUCCUCACCACCUCGCACCCCUCAGCCCAAUUUCCUCGCGUCUCUGCAUCGCGUCGUGCAGCCGCCACGACAGAUACCGGGAUACAUAAAUCAGGGAUCACAGAUACAUAUCUUCAUGAUUUCGCAUCGGAUAUAGAGUUUGCGUCUACGUUCCCUGCCCCCUUGGUGCUGAAAGGGGAUGCGUUAGAGAUUGAUCCGAAAGAGCCUGGUCAAACUUUUAGGGGAUGGGAGAGAGGGAAACAUAGGAAUGCGGUGCCGAGAGUGGAGGAAGGGGGGAGGAGGAUAAUUUAUGUUGUGGGACCGCCGGGGGUGGAUGGUGAGGAGAUGGAGAAAUUUAUGAAGGGGUGGGAGGAGUGCGAGGUUGGGCGCGGUGGGAAUAGUGCAGGGGACAAAGGUGUUGAGAAGGGAAAACGGGAGAUGGAUAGUUGGAUGUUGGAUGUUAUUUCUUAUCUCCAAGCAUUCUACCACGGUCUCCCGAUUAAACGAAUGGAUUCGUCACUCCUGCAGUUCACACCAUGGGAAGAAAUCUCUCAACCCUCAACAUCUAAAUCUACAUCUAAAUCCAAACACAAACCCAAAUCCAGAGCCACCUCUCAAAAGAACCCACCCAACUACAUCGGUCUCCGCACCUCAACCUUCAAAACCGGCAUCCGCUACCGCCCCACCCCAUCCUCGCCCUUCACCCACCAACUAAAUCUCUCCGAUCUCCUCGAUCUCGCUAUCGAUAUCCUACCUCCGGACGCAUACGCAUUACUCAUGCUCGUAAAUCAUGAUUUAUACGAAGAUGACGACGAUGAAUUUGUAUGCGGGAGAGCUUACGGCGGAAGCAGGGUAGCUGUUGUGAGUACUGCGCGCUACCGGCCCGAUCUAGAUGCUGUGCAGGAAAUCGAGAGAAUCCAUGCUUGGCCGGGGAGUCACUGUAUUGAAUAUAUGAACGAGGUAUAUGGGAUUAAGAAGGGGAAACGAAAGAGAGGAGAAGAUAAGAAUGAAGAUAAAGAUGGAGAAUAUGCAACUGCGAAAAGUCCCUUAGUGCGCGCAGUAACCCAACAAAAUACUCUUCCUCCACUAUCUCUCUCUCCCACUGCUUCCGAAAAUGCACUGAAAGGUCUAUUCCUCAGUCGUAUAUGCCGCACUGCGUCUCACGAGCUGGGCCAUUGUUUUGGAAUCGCACACUGUCCUUAUUAUGCUUGUUGUAUGCAAGGGAGUGCGUCGAUACAGGAAGAUGCGAGACAACCUCCGUAUUUGUGUCCGGUAGAUUUGAAGAAAGUGAUUACGGCAACGGGAGCAGAUGUUAGAGAGAGGUAUGAGGCGCUGUUGAGGUUUUGUGAGAGGCAUGGUAGUGCGCAUAUGUUUGUGGCGUUUGAAGAGUGGAUUCGAGGAAGGUUGGAGCAGAUUGAGAGGGUAGAGAGGAGUGGGAUGUUGGAAUCAUUGGAAUGA